AUGCUCCAUGGGCUCGAGUCGUUUGCGCUGCAAGGCAAUCCUCUGCACGCGGCAUGCCGCGAGGGCCACACCGAGGUGGUGCGGUACCUUGUACUUGUGGGCGGAAUCUCGGCCAACUUGCGCGACAGUGCCCAACGAACGCCGCUGCACUGGGCGUGCCUUUGCGGGCACGUCGAGCUCGCGCAGCAGCUGAUUGACGAGCUCGGGGCCGACGUGACAGCCAAGGACGCGGCCGGGCGACGGCCGUUCCACACCGCGUGCCAUGCCGGCUCGCUCGAGACGGUGCGUGUUCUUCUGGAUCAUGUCAUGGUGUGGGUCAACGAGCCAGACGAGCAGGGCCAGACGCCGGCACACAUUGCCGCACUGCAGGGCCACCUUGAUGUACUCAAGUACAUUGUCAACCAGUCGCCGUCGAGCAUGCCGCCGCCAUCGACGCUGCCGAGCAUCGUGGCGACCGGACACGUCCACAUCAUCCGGUUUCUCAUCUCGACCGGACUCUCAUUUGACGUCGAGUUCCCGGUCCUGGCGUACACGCCGCUGUUUGUGGCGGCGCGGCGUGGCGAUGUUGACAUGCUGCGGGUGCUGGUAGACGAGGGCUCGGCACAGGUCGGCUCGGCGUUUCCAGGCACGCAGUGCUUGGUGGCUGCAGCGCAGCGCGGACACUUGGCGGCAGUGCGAUACUUUGUGGAGGAGAUCGGUGUCAAGGAGGUUAUCGAUGAGUCGGUUUCCAAGUUUACGGCGCUGCAGUCGGCGGCGUCGUCAGGGCGGGCCCAUGUAGUCCGAUACCUGGUGGCGCGUGGAACCGAGGUGGACGCAGCGUCGGGUCAGCCGCGAAUGACGGCGCUGUAUCUCGCAUGCCUCCGUGGGCACGUCGACAUUGCGGCAUUUCUCUUGCGUGCCGGUGCGGAUGCCUCGGGCUCGCGCGGCCUUCUUCCGCUUCUCCACAUUGCGGCGUCGUUUGAAAAGGCCAGCACCAUUGCUUGGCUGCUCACGCACCCGGAUGCACGGCGGGCAGUCAACGUCCAUGAGCUCGACUCGCACAACAAGUCCGCGCUCUCUCGAGCGAUCCGAUCGUCCGAGGCGACGGCCGUGAUGCUACUUCACGGGCGGGCGCUGGAGCCGUCGGACAUCUUGGCAGUCAUUAGCCCGACGGUCGGCCCGCACCUCGGCGUGGUGCACAGAAUUCUCAACGGCGGCGUCGAGAACAAUCUCUCGCGUGGUCUUGUCUUGAUGUCGCGCGCUCCGGUGUCGCAGCCGUAUUCUGCGGUACGCAAGACACUGUACUUUGCAGCCAUCAACGACGCAGACUUUAAGCUCUACUCGACAUCCGACGGCGAGUACGAGCUCGCGCACUCGUUUCCGCGGUCAUCGAUACUCCGAAUCAAGCGGGCCGAGCCCGAUCUUUCUGUAUUUGCGCUCCACAUCGACGGUCCCGCAACGCUGCCUGGAGCCAUCUCAGCCAUCUCGCUCGCCAGCACCCCAUCAACAGGCUCGCUCACCGCGCCACCUGCUCCCUUGGUCCUGCACUUUGAUGCGCAGACCAGCGAGAAUUGUACCGCAUGGCUUGAUGCUCUGAAUAGAUGA